AUGUCCUCGGGAUUGACGCGACGCCGCGGUGCGGGCGGCGCAGGACCUGCGGCUGAGGGCGAUUCCAGCAACGGCACUGCCCCUAGAACGAGCACACCAAGCGCCAGGGACAACGGACCCGAGACGAGCUACGAAAGCACAGAAAAUGGCCACAAGAUCGCAUUCGACCCUCGCGACAUCAGUGAGAGCGCUGAGCGAAGCAAGCAGCCAAAGCUCACUCUCAUGGAGGAGGUCCUGCUACUUGGCCUCAAGGAUAAGCAGGGCUACCUCUCUUUUUGGAACGACAACAUCUCUUACGCCCUUCGAGGAUGCAUUGUCAUCGAACUGGCCUUCCGUGGUCGCAUUGCAAUGGAGAAGGAUGCUUCAAGACGCCGAUUCCCCCUCGCAGACCGCAACAUCGAGGUCAUAGACGACACCCUUACUGGCGAGGUUCUUCUCGACGAGGCUCUCAAGAUGAUGAAGCAGAGCGAAAAGAUGAGCGUCGCAACCUGGAUUGACUUGAUGAGCGGCGAGACCUGGAACUUGAUGAAGAUCGGAUACCAGCUCAAGCAGGUUCGAGAACGACUCGCAAAGGGCUUGGUCGACAAGGGCAUCCUCCGCACCGAGAAGCGCAAUUUCCUCCUUUUCGACAUGGCAACUCAUCCCGUCGCCGAUGGCGGUGCUAAGGAGGAGAUCCGCCGCCGGGUUCGCAACAUCCUUACCCAACGGACCGUAGUCCUCAAUGGUAGCCAGUUCCUACCCGAGUCGCUCGAAUUCCGUUAUAUGCGCAGUAUCGCCAUGGUUUGCGCCGCCUACGCUGCUAACGUCCUCGAGAACGCCCUCGCAUCCCUUGGCCACGAGGCAAGGGAACGGGCUUUUGCGCAGACCGAUGAUUUACUCGCCGACUACAGUCAAUGGCCAUUUGGCAAGAAGGCCACACAGAACGGCAUUGGUGCCAACUUGCCUCAACUUAUUAAUGAGGAGGUCAACAGCGGCAAGGACAAGGAGCUCCAGCUCGAGGUGGUUGCAGCUUGCUUGAGUGUCUUCACUAGACUCGACUCUCUCCUAUAG